AUGGACCGAAAAAACGUAUCAAAAGUUAUUUUAAAUAUCGUGGAUAAUUCAGAAAGAAAAGAAAAAAAAAAACUAACCUGUACAAGAAAUCUUUAUAACGAAAUUUCAGAAUUAUGUAAUGAAAUUGAAAUUGUUUCUAUUUAUGAUUCUUGUGGAACAUCACCGCAAACCUUGAUUGAUUUUAUUAAAGCACAAAUGAGGUUAAAACAAAUAACUUUAACAAAUUGGCAAAAAGAUUCUUUCAGUACCUUAUCAUCGAUAUCAACACAAGUACGAACAUUUCGACAAAUAGAAUUUAUUCGAUGUAGUUUUCCAACGACAGAAAAUAGUGCAAGAUUUUUCUGUGGAUUAGCGAAAUGUAGUAAUUUACAAGUACUAAAAUUUGAAAAUUGUAAUAAUCUGAAUGCUACAUUAAUGAAACCAUUAGCGAAAGCAGAAUUUCCAUACCUAAAGACAUUAAGUAUAGAUAAUGAUUUUAAUAAAGAUACACCGUCAAUGGAACUUAAGUCGAUUAUAGAAAAUUGUAAAGAAACACUUAAGGAGAUCGUUCUACGGAUUAAUUUAUCAUUUUAUGCAGAUAUGUUAGAAACUAUUGCAAAAUUUUGUCCUGGACUUCUUAAAUUAAGCAUAACGAUUGAAAGGGAUUCAGAGAUGCAUCAACUUAUCACAUUAUUUAGUUCUUGUAAAGAAAUGAUAGAAUUAAUAAUUCAUCGAAGGCAUAUAUUGUUUGAUCCUUGGUUUUAUCCUUGCAAAUCUUUAGUAAAACUUGGGGGUGUCAUACCAUCGUCAUUACGUAGAUUAGAAUUAAUCGGUAUUGAAUUUGAUCAUCUGACAUGGAACGAAUUUUUAAACAUUUGCCCAGGAUCGAUUAAUUACUUUGUUUUUGACCACCAUAAUACAAAUUAUGUUAAACAUGUGGAAAACUAUGCAAUGCGACAUAAUAAAGUCAUCAGGGCUAAAGGAACUUUAGAGCACUCAGCUGGGCAAAUGUUUGUAGAAUUGGGAUGA